UCUCGCACACCCGUGUCGUGCGCCUUUACACUGCGCGCCGCUGCCUGACAGCGCAGUGCAAUGUAGAGCUGGAGCUGGAGAAGAUGCUGUUGUUGUGCGCGCUGUGCGCUCUGUGGUCCACAGUGGCUCACAGAACAGCGGGGAAGGCUUUCAGUUUGGACGGAGAUACACGGAAACUUGCAGUGACUCGUGAAGCGGUUUAUGUUUCCACAGAAAAAAGCCUGUACCACCUUCGCUCGGACCUCAGCCUGGUGCGGCGCGUGUCCCUGAGGGGGUGGCCUUUGAGUUCAGACCCGAAAUUUGUCCGUGUCCCAGAUGGAACCGCUGGGAAUACGACUCUAAAGGUAAACGUGCUCCUGCCCUUCACCUCCAACAACACCCUGGUUAUGUGUGGCGCUGUGGACCAAUGCGUUCAUUGCGAAGUUCUAUCGCUGCAGGACGUGUCCACUGUCAUACACGCGGAGAGCGCCGCCCUGGGUCCCGUCAGUACGCACACCGAGUCUGUGGCCUUUCUGGUGACUGGUGGAGAAAACAACAAAUACAUCUUGGCGGCCACAGAGAAGAGCCCCAGAUCCAUGAAAAAUCAGUGUUCUAUACAAGAAGGCAUCAUCAAUCUGUUCAACACCAAUAAUCGUCAGAUUGGUGACAUCUUUUCUUUCAACCUUGGAAAAGAUUUUGCCCUCAGGAGCAAGACUGACUACGUGGGCUUCGUGGACGGUUUCCAGGUGGAUUCCUUCAUUUAUGUUUUUUCUAACCUGAAUUCUUCCACUGGAAAGGCAGUACGACUGAUUUGGCUCAACGCUCAAGACAGUUCGAGGGAAGCUAUUCUGGAGUCCCUGCGGGGCGCUUUUCUUAACACCAGUAGUUCUGCGGGGUUUGGUGGGAAGCUCCUGGCCUCCUCUGUGAUCGCCGGGACCACACCACUCAGGUGGACCGGGGUCUUCAGUGUGGAUGGGACACGUCUCAACACUGAACUGCUGUUGUUUGACAUCAGUCCCAGAUACACCUCCCCCCCGGAUAUGGACAAACACUUCAAAGUCAAGGAUAAUAAUAAGGAUAAUCUGCCGGAGCCGGAGACCGUGCGUCCACAGAAGACCCUGCUGAAGCAGAGCCACAUGAGCUCCGUGCUGGCGCUCACACACCGGGUCUGGAAGCUCUUCUUCAUCGGAACAGCGAAUGGACAGCUCAUCAAGCUAGUUGUGGACAAAAACUACCAACCUGCAUGUCCAAAAGUCCUGUAUAGAGCCGAUGAUGACGGUGAGGUUUUCCCCAAGUUAUAUGUGGACGAAGUAAACCACAAGCACAUUUAUGCUGCAUUUACAAACCAGAUUAUGCAGAUCGCUGUGUCAAAUUGUUCAAUUUACACAACACUGCAUGACUGCUGGUCUGCACAAGAUCCACAAUGUGUUUGGUGCCACUCAACAAAAAGGUGCACAUUUGAGAGUGACUGUCAAAACUCAAGCUGGGUUUCAAUUUCUGAGGAUUUUCAAGAAGAAGAGAUGGUUUCAUUCAAAGCAGAAAGAAAUGCAUCUGGUCAGAUCACAAUUAGAGUGCAAAUGCACAUGAGUGUGGGCCCAAGCAAACCGAAAAACUUUGCCUGUCAUUUUACUCGAUUGUGUGGACCUGGCCCUGCUCCUAGCUAUCCACAAUGCAUCUGUGUCCUCCAUGACAUCCGACUACCUGCACAAGGUGUGAAUAUGACUGUUAAAAUGAGGAUGUGGAACGAGGAGAGAUUAGAAAAUUUCAGUCUCAGGAAUUGUUCUGAGAUCAGAGGACUCCCUUCUCCAGCUCUGUGCAGGGAGUGUAUAGCAGCUGGUUGUGGCUGGAGCUCUGAUAGUUGUUCCUGGGCAAAUGAAAAGUCAACGAAUAAAAGUAUUUGCCAAAAGAUGGAGUCACAUAUGAAUUAUGUGAAGCCAGAGAUCUCGUCUGUCUCUCCAAAUGUCGUGUCUUUCUAUGGCAAAAACCACGUUCUGCUAAAAGGCCGCAACCUCAGUCAUGUGACCCGCGUGCGGGUACAUGCUGAUCUAGACUGCAGUCCACUGGAAUCCCCGGUAUGGAACAACACUGGAGAGAGCCUGACCUUCCGCAUCCCGAGUUCAGACAACAAAGGUGUGGUCCAGGUGUGUGCGGUCCUCCCUGACAACAGUUGCCAUGGUAACGUCAAAAUCACAUAUGGCUCCUUACCAUCCUGCACAGACAUCAAACCCAGCAGCAGCUGGCUCAGUGGGGGGAGAACUAUCACUCUGUUUGGAUCCAAUAUUGAUUUCUUUGAUGAAGUUGUCCACAGUCACUCUCCGCUGAAGACUCUCGCUGCUCGGUUCAGCAAACAGAAUAUCUCAUACACCUCUCCGGGUGCGAAGAACCCUCUCUCAAGCAUUGUGUUUUUGAAAGUGGCCAAUCAUACCCUGAGCUGCUCCAGACCCGUUACAUAUCUGCCAGACCCUGUGUUUACGACUUACACCUCCACAAAGAUAGGGGGUGACGCCACCAUCAUUAUAACGAAAAAGGCUGAUAAUCUGGAUAUACAGCUGAAGGAGCUGUCCGUGUGGGCUGUGGUGGAUGGACAGAAGUAUCCCUGCCUCGUGAAUAGCAGCAAAACCAACAAAUUCAGCAACAAUACUGACUUCAUCUGUCAGAUCAAGAACACACCCAGCACCAACUUUGAGUACUUGAUGAUACAAGUUGGGGACAGCAGUGUCAUAUUGAAGCCUAAGCUUGAUCUGAUGCUGAUUUUGCUGGUGCUACUGCUAAUACCCUGCAUUGUUAUAGCUGUGGUAAUUGUGUACAAGAAAAAGCAGAACCAGUUGACCAAUCGAAUGAACAGUUUGAUGGAAAAUUUGGAGAUGGACAUCAGGAAUGACAUCAGACAAGGUUUCAUUGAGUUGCAGACAGAAAAUGAUGAUCUUUUAGAAAAUGUUAGCACUAUUCCUUUCCUUGACUACAAGCAUUUUGCCUCCAGGAUAUUUUUCCCCGAGAGUGAAGCCCUAAUGAAGUCCUGUGUUAACGAUAUUCAUCAGGACGGGGUGAUAGUCCAACUUGAUGAGUGCUGUCAGAGUCUGUCUAAACUGAUUCGGGAUCAGUUUUUCCUCACGUCUAUGGUUCACACAAUGGAGGAACAGAAAAACUUCUCCAUAAAAGACAAGUGUGUGCUGGCGUCCCUGCUCACUGUAGCGCUGCACAGUGACCUGACUUACCUUACGGAAGUGAUGGAGGUUUUAUUGAAGGACCUGAUGCAGCAGAGCAGUCACACCCAGCCCAAACUCCUCCUGAGACGCACCGAGUCCACAGUGGAAAAACUGCUCACCAACUGGAUGUCCAUUUGUCUCUAUGGCUUCCUCAGAGAGGGAGUGGGGCAGCAGUUGUUCCUCCUGGUCAGUGCUCUGUCUCAGCAGAUCUCCAAAGGGCCUGUGGACUGUGUGACUGAGAAAGCUCUGUACACUCUGAGUGAAGACUGGCUCCUGUGGCAGGCCCAGGACUUCAAACCACUGAAGCUGAAGGUGCUGUUUGCAGUGGGCAGUGAUGGGGAGAUGUCAGAGCCUCUGGAGGUGGCUGUUCUCACCUGUGACACAGUGGACCAGGUCAAAGACAAGAUCCUGACCACAUUUAGGACCAAGUUUGGGUUUCCAUACAACAUCCCCCUAAGAGAGCUGUGCAUUGAGUAUGUGAGAGGAACUGCAUCUCUUCAUUUGGAAGAAGUGGAUCUGAGCUCAGAGAGACUCGGAGACGUGACCAUGCUCAACACUAUGAAGCACUAUAAGAUCCCAGAUGGAGCCACAAUCAAAGUGCUUUCAAGGAAAACUCGCGCUUCUUUAAGUAAUCAGUUAAGUGUCAAAGAUGACCAGGAUUUUUCAGGCAAAUAUUUUCACUUGAUUGACCCUGAUAUAGUGGAGGAUUUGAAAAACCCAGAGAAGAAGAAGUUGAAGUUGAAGGAAGUUCACCUCACCAAGCUGCUGUCUACAAAAGUGGCAGUGCACUCAUAUGUGGAGAAGCUGUUCAGGUGCAUUUGGGGACUGCAGUACAACAGAGCUCCACUGGCUGUGAAACACUUCUUUGAUUUUCUGGACGCUCAGGCCGAGGACAUGAAGAUCACUGACCCUGACAUCCUUCACAUCUGGAAGACCAACAGUUUACCUUUGCGUUUCUGGGUGAACAUCUUGAAGAAUCCCCAGUUUGUGUUUGAUCUGGAGAAGAGCCCCAAUCUGGACGGCUGCCUCUCAGUCAUCGCUCAGGCCUUCAUGGACUCAUUCUCCCUCAGCGACACACAGCUCGGGAAGCACACACCAACCAAUAAGCUCCUCUAUGCCAAAGAAAUCCCCAAAUACAAACAGGAAGUGAAAGUGUACUACAAACAGGUCCAAGAUCAGCCUUCGAUACCCAACUCAGAGUUCACAGCAUUUUUACAGAAAGAGUCAAAGAAACAUGAAAAUGAGUUUAAUGAAGCUGGAGCACUGAAAGAGCUCUACAAAUUCAUCCAGAGAUAUUUUUCAGAGAUCCAAGAAAAACUGGAGGAGAAUGGCGCCCCCGCUGAGCUGAAAGAGAAACUGCACCACGUCAAGAAGCUAUUUGAUGAACUGAAAAGCUGCUCCUGGAACUAAAUGUUUAACGCUGCAUAUAAGGGCUAAAUGCAACUCACAAAACUGGACAAUGUUAUGAACUUUUAAUUAUUUAACAUUUCAAAAGUUUUAUAAAUAUAGUGCAAAACUGUACAAUAAAACCCUGAGGAAGAUG